AUGGAUGCUAUCGGAGCUUCUCUAAGUUUUACUCAAGAUGUAUUAACACGUUAUGGAAUGACAACAUAUUUUGCUUUUGGCAAUAUCGGUUUAUUUUUUAAUUUAAAUAUUUUUUCUCGUUCGAUACAUCGUCGAAAUCCCGGUUCAUUAUAUAUUCUAUCAAUGACAAUAUGUAAUUUUUUUUGUCUUAAUUUUGGUACAAUACCAUUUAUCUAUGCACUUAAUCAUCUUGAUCCUGUUACAACUUCUUUAAUUAUGUGUAAAUUACAAUUUUAUUUACGUCAUACACCUUAUCAAAUGAUGCGAUCAUUUAUGAUACUUAGUUGUUUUAAUCGUUAUAUUUCAUCACAUGUUCAACAUCGUUUUCAAAAUUUUAAUCAAUAUCAAAUCACUAAUCGAUGUAUUAUAAUUGUUAUUAUUUUUUGGCUUUUAGUAUGUAUAUUUAUUCCCAUUUUAUUAUCUAUUGAAGCUAAUACAUGUGGCAUGUUUAUUGAUUCUUAUGCUCUUCUCUAUUCAAUUUAUAUUUUAAUAUUUGCUGGUAUACUUCCUCCAUUGGUAAUGAUUAUUUGUAGUUUUUUAAUUAUAAAAAAUUUGAAAAAAAUUCGUAGUCGUGUUCAACCAUUAGCUGUAACAUCAAAAAUGAAUCUCAUACGAAAACGUGAUCGAGAUUAUAUACGAAUGUUAUUAGUUGAAAUAAUGAUUUAUGUAUUAUUGACAUUUCCAUAUACAUUAUCUGUAUUUUACACAACAGUUGAUCAGUUAGGAUCAUCAGAUUAUGAAUAUGAACAAUGGGAGAUAUUUCUUAUCUAUUUCACACGAUCGUUUUUACUUUAUUUAAAUAGUUCUCUCUCAUUUUGGAUUUAUAUAAUUAUGUCAAAAUCAUUUCGAAAUGAAUUUCAUGAUUUAUUAUCUAAAUGGUAUUUAGUUUUAAAAAAAAUCAAAGACAAACUCGUCAAUUUUCGAUAG